AUGAUUGAUAAACUAAUAUCGCUAACGCGUGCAUCUAACUGGGAUGAAGUGGAGCAUAUUCUGGUGGAUUACUGGACACAGCAAUGUCCACUUAUUUGUGCACCAACCGAAGAUCCAUCAUUUGAUUUUAAAAUCGAUGACAAUACAUUCAACGAAAAAUUACUUCACCCUACUGCUUGUGCAUAUUGCUUGGAUAAAAAUGUUGGAACGGAUCUAAUGCCACUCAAUGCAUCAUACGGGUCGAAAUCAAGUGCAAAUCGUCGAAGUGCUUACUGUGGACAUGUUUUUAGAGGUGGAGAAGCAACAUAUUCAUGCAAAGAAUGUGCUUGUGAUCCUACAUGCGUUAUAUGUUAUCAGUGCUUUUUAAACUCUGCUCAUAAAUCACACAAAUACAGAAUGUGUGCAUCCAAUGGAAAUGGUUGUUGUGAUUGUGGCGAUGUAGAAGCUUGGAAAGAGCAUCCAGCAUGCAAAUUACAUGAAAUAGGACAAAAUGAGGAACAGGAUUCGGAGAUAGCUGAUGUACCAGCAGAAAUUACAGAACAAGUAGAAACACGUAUACGUUCACUGACACGUAUUGUACUUCGAUUUUCGAUUGGAAUUAUCUGUUGGCUUGAUGAAAACACAUUGCCGACAUUUCUAAAGGAGAGAGGAAUAGAUACCACUUUGCCGCUUUAUCAGACUAUUCUGUUAAAUGAUGAAACUCAUACUUUUGACUCAGUAAUCAGAGCAUUAAAUCUUUCUAUACAUUGCAAUCAUCCGCAAGCAUUGCAAUUAGCUACUGUAAUUGAUCGUGAAGGUCGUGCUUCUGUACGUAACGGUAAUAUUGAUUACUGUAUAAAGGCAAAAGAUGAAAUCCAGAGGCGCACUCAGAGAGAUUCAAAUCAUCGAACGGAAAAGAGUGGCCCGUUAGAUGUGCGUGUUAUUGAUAGUCGAUUUGUCUCACUGCAAAAUUUCGCAGUACGCCUAGUUGGAUGGUUAACAAAUCAAGCACGUCAUUUGCCAGCUUUAGCCCUUAUGAUGGGUGAAAUAUUAUUAAAUGAGAAAGUUGAAUUGGAAGUAAGUGAUAGUACGGGAGAAGUAGAUCAAACACUUAUGGCCCAUAUACUGAGAUGUGAUAGAGCGUUAUGGAAAGGUGCAAGGAUAGGUUUUCAUCAAAUGAUUAUGGCAACAGUAUUGAUGAAUAGUGAACAGAAAAAAGCUUUCUCAAGAUUGUAUAUUCGUUUGUACAAAAAAAUAUACGAUGAUUUCAUUGAUGAUGAUCAUGAUCAGUCUGUAUCAGUCACUGUGUUGACUGUUCAGAUUUUUACCGUACCUACAAUAGCACGCAUGUUAAUUGCUGAAGAAUCAGUGCUCCAAAUUGUACUUCAUACAUUGUCCAGUCAUUGUAGAAAAUAUUUGAAAGCACCUAACAAAAGGAAAUUUGAUUUUUCUUCACGAUCAUAUCCUCAUACACUUCGGCGUGCUUUAUAUAUGCUCUGUGAUCUGAGAUAUCUGUUGUCUGUGGUUCCUUCACAGCAAGAUUGGACACCUCAACUACGUGAAAAUUUUCUUUCUGGAUGUUCCUCCCUUAUACGGUUUCUUUCAUUUAUGCAGGGUAUGGACGAAGUUCGUCGUCAAACUGCAGAACAUCAAGUUUGGGAGCAGGAAUGGGAGACUGCUUUUAAUAUUCAAAUCAAAUUACAACAUGUCCUUGCACUUGUUAUAUGUUGGUGUAAUUCGGAUGAAUUUGUUCAUAGUCGUCUUAUGAGUCAACUUAUCGACGAGCUGGAAGCGGUAGCUAGUCACAGUCCUGACUUUGCAAAUAAAAUUGUCGUAGAAGUGAAUGGCAUGAAAGCAACUUCCAUACCGUUUGAUUUGUCGUAUGGUUCAUUGUCAGUGCAUCAACCUUUUUGGCGACUUCUAGCAGGUUUAUUUAUUGCAGAGCAGACAGUGCUUCAAAAAAUUUGUGUUAGGGAUGGAGCAGAAAAAGUUCCUGAAGGAAUGAUCAACCUGAAAGGGAAGCGCGCACUUCUAAUGGAAAUGCCAUUACGGAUUUUUGUACUAUGUUCGCAGUCACAGGCACAAAUGUGGCGAAGAAAUGGUUUUUCGUUGGUAAAUCAGAUUCACAACUAUUCUGCACCAACUUGUCGUGCUGAAAUGUUUGAUAGGGAUAUUUUGAUGUUGCAGGUUUGCGCUGCAUUGACACCACCUGAUACGUUCAUUAUAAGGGUUCUGCACCGUUUUGGCUUACGAGUUUGGGCUGAAACAAAUUUUGAGGAAAUUCGCGCAGCUUUUAGCAAUGUAGCAUCUGAUGAUUUAAGCAAAUGUACAGUUACAUUAGCUGAAGAAAUGCUCCAUUUACUCAUUAUUAUUAUUGGCGAGCGUUACUUGCCAGGUGUUGGAAAGUCAACAAUAAAAACAUUACUGAGGCGUGAAGUUCUCCAUGUUCUUGCUACAAAACCAACACCUUUCAGUAAGAUUCAACGUGCAAUGCCGGUAAAUCUACUUUUUGCUGAUCUUUCUGUGGAAGAAGCUGUCAAAAGUGUAGGAGACUUCAGAAAACCAACGAAAACAUCGCCGGGUAUUUUCCUAUUAAAAGAUAGUGCAAGAAGUGAAUACAAUGCGUUCUUUUAUCACUAUUCAAAAACAGAUGUUUCAAAUGCUGAACAGUACCGACAAAAAUGCACUAAUAAAGCGCUCAAAAAAGAAGCAGUAGUAGCAGCACCACCGAUGCCACCACAAUUUGAAUCGUUUUUUGCGCCUAUCAUAAAUCUUUUGCGCAGUAAAAUGAUGAUGCAACUGAUACGUAUCGUUCUUGAGAGGACAGCAAGAAGAAGUCGCUAUUCAAGUGAUGGCUUAUUGCAUCGAGUACUUUUUUUGAUUGGAAUGGGUCUUAAUGAACAGACCGUAAACAGUAACUUUAACUUCAUCGGUUGUGCUGAGGAGGCUAAUAUAUUUACAUUGAUGAAGAACUUAAAUGGAAAACCUGAAUCAGAACCGCAUGCUGAUCUUCUGGGAUAUUUGCUUCAGCGUUAUGAGAAGACAAAAUCGGAGAGCAAAGAAGCUGUUAUACAGCCAGGAUUGAAAGCUCCAGAUGCAUCAGAAUCAGAAAUUAAAGCCAGAAAAGCGGCAAUUGCUGCUAAGAAACGAAAACAAGCAAUGGAUCAGAUGAGUCGAUUACAGAAGCAAUUUGUGACACAAAAUCAGGAUUUGCUUGGAAAGGAGUUUCUUGAGGGAAAAGGACCUCAGAAACAUGAUGAUGAUGAUGAACCAUUGGGGAUUUUACCGCAUGGUAGCGGUUUUCCCAUUUGUUUGGGCAUUGACCGAAGUAUUGCAAAAUGUGACAGUUGUCGUCGAGUUACAUGUAUUCUGUGCCAAGAAGAUGAAGAUAUUACAGCAGAUGGUCAGGCGUUAGUAUGUGCUGCAUUUAUGCAAAAAUCAUCAUUAUUUGCAAAACUUAAACAGGAAGAAGAAGCUGCAUUAGAGUUGUCUAAAGUAUUUGUAUCUGUUUCCCUUCGAAAUGGCCUUGGAUCCUCAACAUGUGGUCAUGUGAUGCACUUUAAUUGCUAUAAAAAGUUCUCUGAUUUACUGAAAGAUCGUGAUCGUGGCCGUAAUCCACAACUCAUGGCAUUCAAUCCGCGUGUGCUUGAUAUUAAUUCUGGUGAAUAUUUGUGCCCGCUGUGUAAACGUCUAAGCAAUACGAUUCUACCAAUUCUACCCCCUCUUGCGCAAGUUUUUGACGACAGAAUUGCUACUAAAGAAAAGCACAUCGAAUUUGAAGACUGGAUAAACCAUUUCGUUGGACUUUUUGAUAGCUCGAUCAAUGAUGACAAAUCAUUCAAAGGUCAUAGCAAGAAGAGAUCGCAUUCAGAACGAUCGUUAAUGGAAUUAGUUAGUCGAGAAGCUGAAACUGGAAAUGCAUUAUCAGCAUCGGUUCCCUCAACAUCUGCCAUGUCCUUUAUGAUGGAAAUGAAUCCAGUUGUUCAUCCGAAAUCGGAUGAAAUCAUGGAAGUAGAUGACAACGAAGAAAGAACGUUGAAGACAGCUGUGAAAAGGCAAAGUGGCCCUGAUGGACGUUUCUUUUCAAUUUUUACGUCCAUUCCAGAUGUAAUGCAUAAAAUCAAAGAUAUGCUUAUUCAACCGGAAAAGCAGCAAAGUGAUAGUGCACGCACACAUUUUUCACCAGUAAUUUGGGAUAUGAUACACUUUUUUCUCAAGCAAACUAAUUUGCAUUUGCAAAAUGACGGUACUACCAGUUAUUUUAAUGAAGAAAUUAUGGAAGCUAUUUUCACGUUCCAAACUGCUGCAUUUUCACUUCGUUCAAUUGCAACAGUGCUUCGUCGUGGUGGCAAGCCAUUAUUUGGAGCGUGGAAUGCUAGACAGCGUGAGUGCAUAUAUGCAUUAUCACGAAGUUGUGCGGUAGCGACAAUGAAAUGUCAUUCAUCAUACUAUUACCUACGAUUUCUUCUACUUCAAUUAUUAUCGCCACUUCUGUCGCGUAAAGCAAUUACUGAUCAGAAUGCCACAGUAAAUUCUGGUACAGAUUCAAGUUGUCUCACUGAUCAGUCAUCAGUAAAAGCAUUGGAAGCAAAAAAGAAGACAGAGGUUCAUCUACCAGAAGGAGUGGAUCUUAAUAAUAUGUCCCAAUUAGAAUUUGCAGUAGCUGUUUUGAUGUCAGAAGAUAUUAAAAAGCCAAUAAAUAUCCUUGCAAUCGAUAUGCUUUCACUUGCAGUUGAAAUGGCAAUGUGUGAAGGUUGGGAACCAAUGAAUAAAAAUGGUAAAGCUAUAAAUAAUAAAGAAGGAUUUGUUACAUUCCCGCAUGGUUCAGAGAAUGAACAGUAUGCUAUUCGACUGGCACUUAUUGGACAUUUAUAUCAAGUUAUUGCUACAUUUGAUGUUGAAAUUCUUUCAAAGCAGUCAGCUUCACCAUUUGUUGUACAAGAUGAUAAGAUGUUGGAUGACUUACUUUUGCGUCUUUACGCUAUUGCCUGUCCUGGAAAACAGCUAUCCUCAGUGAUUGCACUAAAAAAGACACUUCAUACAGCAGUACUUGAAUUUCUACGUCCACUCUCACUUCUUUACCAUGCACUUACACUUGUACCACCACCAGAAGCAUUGAAAGAUCCUUCCGUUAAUGAAUUCGAGCCCCUAUGUCGUUAUCUUGGUUUCAUACCCAGUCUUGGCGAAUUUCUCGGUGGUUUGUGUGUUGAGAAAUUGUUCACAUUAUGGGCAUCAUCACAAGGAGAUAAAUCUCAGCAAACUUUCGUACGACAACCAGUUUUGGAAAAUUCAUUUGUGGAGUUGCCGGAAGAUUUUUCAGAACUGAUCAAUUAUGCAGCCAGUUUCAGAUGUCCUUCUAUUCCCAUCGAUGAUCGUUCAUCAUCGGCACCAAGCUUAUGUCUUCUUUGUGGUUCAUUACUUUGCUCUCAGAUUUACUGUUGUCAACGCACAGUAAAUGGUAUUACACUUGGAGCUUGUUCUUAUCAUUUAAAAAUAUGUACUGGAUGCUCUGGUGGUGUGUUUCUUCGAAUUCGUGACUGUCAAGUAGUGCUAUUAACAUCACGUGAUCGAGGUUGCUUACUACCCGCGCCUUAUAUAGAUGAUUAUGGUGAAGCGGAUCCAGGAUUUCGACGUGGGAAUCCGUUGCAUCUUAGUCACGAACUUUAUGCAAAAUUGGAGAAUCUGUGGCUUAAUCAAUCAAUUGCGGAAGAAGUGGCCAAUCAGUAUGAAAUUGAUCAUCGCAAUAUAGGUCUUGAAUGGCACCAUUUUUAG